AUGGCCACAGCGAGGCCUAAUUAUUAUUGUCAUAAAUGCCAAGCACAUAUUGGACAUGUGACGGAUCUUAUAUGUCCUCGUUGUCAAGAAGAUUUUAUAGAAGAAGUUCCACCUCAAGAGCCAACACCUCAAUCUCGAAUUAAUCAAAGACGAACUGGUGGUGGAUCAUUUCAAAUUCAUGGUGCAACACCAUUUGGUAAUACAACAAUAGUGAUUGGUGGUGGACAAUCACCUAAUGAUGGACAUAAUCCUCAUGGAAACGGAGAUUUAGGAAAUUUUCUUCAGACUGUUUUAACCCAACUUGCCGGUGGACUUACUGGCGGUGGUGCAGUUGGUGGUGCACCAUUCCCUUUUGUCAUGCAUAAUGCUGGUGGUACAGCUUUUCUUGAUGCAAAUAAUCUUGACGCUUUUCUUACUCAAUUUCUAAAUCAAAUGGGAGAAAAUAGUGGGCCAGCUCCAGCAACUGAAAAUCGUAUAAAUUCAAUUCCAACAGUAAGAGUAACUGGUGAACAGGCUCGUGAUAAUCUACAGUGUGCUAUAUGCAUGGAUGAUUUUAAAGAAAAUGAUGAAGCAAAACGUCUUCCUUGUUCACAUCAUUUCCAUGAAGACUGUAUAUCACGAUGGCUACGACUUCAUGGAACAUGUCCAACAUGUCGUGUAACAUUAGAUGGUGAUAAUACAACAAAUCGUGAAUAUUUUAAUUUACAACCUAAUCAACAACAAUCAACAUCGAAUAAUAAUAAUAAUCGUCGAAAUGAUGGAGAUAAUAAUGGAUCAUCUUCAUCUGCUGCUAGUGGAGGAGGAUUUAAUCCAGAAUUUGAUUAA